AAGAAGAGCGUGGCCGGCCGCGGCCACCGCUGGCCCCAGGGAAAGCCGAGCGGCCACCGAGCCGGCAGAGACCCACCGAGCGGCGGCGGAGGGAGCAGCGCCGGGGCGCACGAGGGCACCAUGGCCCAGACGCCCGCCUUCGACAAGCCCAAAGUGAGCGCGCGCGGGGGCUCCGGGGACGGGGGUCCAGCGCCUGGGCGGCCCGAGGGACUUAGCGGGGCCCAGCCUGGGGCGUCCAAACCCUGGGAACGAACGGGGGCUCCUGCAGGCGAGUUCUUCCUUCGGCUAAGGCCGUGGCUUGCUUGCGGGCUAAUCAGGGACAAUGGGGCAGAGAAGGUCCAGAACCCGGAGGCCUCCAGAGUCUGCUUCUGCCCCUGACUUGACCCCUCUGGGUCUCAGUUUCGCUGUCUGUCAAGUGGGCAUCCUAGCACCGUUGAGCGCUGUGUGGGCCUGGGCAGGGACUUGAGGUCUCUGAAGCUCAGCUGUAUGAUCAGGCCCGAUGUCUACGCCGGAUAGGCACCUAGUGCUGUGCCCGGCGCCUACUGAGUGCUCAGUGAAUGGAAGCAGCUUUGUACGCCAGCGUUAUGGUGGUGAGCGCCAAGGAGCUCAGGUAGAACUGCAUGUCCACCUAGACGGAUCCAUCAAGCCUGAAACCAUCUUAUACUAUGGCAGGAGGAGAGGGAUCGCCCUCCCAGCUAACACAGCAGGGGGGCUGCUGAACGUCAUUGGCAUGGACAAGCCGCUCACCCUUCCAGACUUCCUGGCCAAGUUUGACUACUACAUGCCUGCUAUCGCGGGCUGCCGGGAGGCUAUCAAAAGGAUCGCCUAUGAGUUUGUAGAGAUGAAGGCCAAAGAGGGCGUGGUGUAUGUGGAGGUGCGGUACAGUCCGCACCUGCUGGCCAACUCCAAAGUGGAGCCAAUCCCCUGGAACCAGACUGAAGGGGACCUCACCCCAGACGAGGUGGUGGCCCUAGUGGGCCAGGGCCUGCAGGAGGGGGAGCGAGACUUCGGGGUCAAGGCCCGGUCCAUCCUGUGCUGCAUGCGCCACCAGCCCAACUGGUCCCCCGAGGUGGUGGAGCUGUGUAAGAAGUACCAGCAGCAGACCGUGGUGGCCAUUGACCUGGCUGGAGAUGAGACCAUCCCAGGAAGCAGCCUCUUGCCUGGACAUGUCCAGGCCUACCAGGAGGCUGUGAAGAGCGGCAUUCACCGUACUGUCCACGCCGGGGAGGUGGGCUCGGCCGAAGUAGUAAAAGAGGCUGUGGACAUACUCAAGACAGAGCGGCUGGGACACGGCUACCACACCCUGGAAGACCAGGCCCUUUAUGACAGAGUGCGGCAGGAAAACAUGCACUUCGAGAUCUGCCCCUGGUCCAGCUACCUCACUGGUGCCUGGAAGCCGGACACGGAGCAUGCAGUUGUUCGGCUCAAAAAUGACCAGGCUAACUACUCGCUCAACACAGAUGACCCGCUCAUCUUCAAGUCCACCCUGGACACUGAUUACCAGAUGACCAAACGGGACAUGGGCUUUACUGAAGAGGAGUUUAAAAGGCUGAACAUCAAUGCGGCCAAAUCUAGUUUCCUCCCAGAAGAUGAGAAGAGGGAGCUUCUCGACCUGCUCUAUAAAGCCUAUGGGAUGCCACCUUCAGCCUCUGCAGGAAGGAGUUCCUUUCUGGUUCUGGUGUUCUAUGAUUUUUACAACAUCCUGGGUACUACAAGUUGCCUGAUCUUUCUGCUUCUCUGAACCAACGAGCAGGGCAGAACCUCUGAAGACGCCACUCCUCCAAGCCUUCGCCCUGUGGAGUCACCCCAACUCUGUGGGGCUGAGCAACAUUUUUACAUUUAUUGCUUCCAAGAAGACCAUGAUCUCAAUAGUCAGUUACUGAUGCUCCUGAACCCUAUGUGUCCAUUUCUGCACACACGUAUACCUCGGCAUGGCCGCGUCACUUCUCUGAUUAUGUGCCCUGGCCAGGGGCCAGCACCCUUGCACAUGGGCAUGGUUGAAUCUGAAACCCUCCUUCUGUGGCAACUUGUACUGAAAAUCUGGUGCUCAAUAAAGAAGCCCAUGGCUGGUGGCAUGCA